UGGUGGAAGGUCUGGUUUCCUACAGUGGUUUGACUGUCGUCUCAGGGAAAGCUGUGGAAAUCCUUCUCCUCUUGGUUUGGAAAGCAGUCCUUUCCAGGCACCCUCACCGCAGCUCCAUUUCUCCUGGCGCGCUGCGUCUCUGCAGCUGGCAUGACCCUGUGGACAGGGAAAUAUUCCCCUCCUCUGGGACACUAAUAGCUCAGGCUAAAGGUACAUCAGAUAGCGGCUUCAGCUAAUCACUGAUCAGUUCUUCUCCGGAAAGAGAAAGAACAGGAAGCCCCUCUGUUUUCUUUGAGGUGGCAGGUACCGGGGGCAAGCGCCAGAGCAGUGUCCUGCUCUGACCCGGGACAGCGGGAGCUGCCCCUGCGCGGUGCCGGGGCAGGCAUGGUGGCGGCAGUGGCAGUGGCAGUGGCAGGCACCCGGCCAGCAGCGUGAGGGACGCAGGGAGGCUGCGGAGCCCCGGCACCCGAGGAUGUCGGGCAGAGCGUCUCCCACCCUGGAGAAGAGCGGCAGCACCGGGCACACAGGCAAGGGGAUGGCUGUGGGACAGGUCCCCAACAGCAUCAGCGUCCAGGGUGUCUCCUACACUAUCAGAGAGCGUGUUGGCCCAUGGUGGAACUUUUCUUUAUAUUGUAAAAAAUGGACCCGGCAAAUACUUAAGGAUGUUUCAUUUCACAUAGAAAGUGGCCAGAUUAUGGGGAUUUUAGGAAAUUCUGGAUCUGGGAAGACAACACUUCUGGAUGCAAUAUCAGGAAGACUGGGACAUAAAGACAACUUCUUUGGUGAAGUGUAUAUAAAUGGAUGUCAGCUGAAGAGGGAGCAGUUCAGAGAUUGCUUCUCUUAUGUGCCACAGAGUGACACUUUGUUAAGCUUUCUCACUGUACAGGAGUCUUUGACCUACACAGCUUUACUAACUCUUAAGAAAUGCUCCAACAGCUCCAUCAAAAAGAAGGUAGAUGCAGUUAUGACCGAGCUGAGUCUCAUCAACAUUGGUGACAAAAUAAUUGGAAGCCGGAAUGUCAUAGGAAUUUCUGGGGGUGAGAGGCGUCGGGUAUCAGUUGCAGCCCAGCUUUUACAAGAUCCCAAGGUCAUGCUCCUUGAUGAACCAACCACAGGGCUGGACUGCCUGACUGCAAACCAGCUCGUCUUGCUUCUCUCAGAGCUUGCACACAGAGACAGGAUUGUGAUUCUUACAAUCCAUCAGCCUCGCUCAGAACUUUUCAAGUUAUUUGAUAAAAUAGCCAUCAUGAGCUUUGGAGAAAUGGUUUUCUGUGGGAGCCCUAUGGAAAUGAUCUCAUUUUUUAGUGACUGUGGCUAUUCUUGUCCUGAACAAUCAAAUCCUUUUGACUUCUAUGUGGAUCUGACAUCUGUGGACACCCGAAGCAAGGAACAUGAACUCGAAACCUACAGUAGGGUUCAGGAAUUUGUAUCAGCCUAUAGAAACUCAGAGAUCUUUAGCAAAGUACUGGCAGCCAUUGAAAAAACAAAGUAUACGAAGGAGCUGCCACCAAUACCAUUCAAAAACAAAGACUCACCCAGUGGCUUCGACCAAAUACUGAUUCUUUUAAGGAGAACAACAAGAAAUCUUUCCAGAGAUAAGAUAGGCAUCAUCAUGCGUCUCCUCCAGAACCUGCUAUUUGGCUUGUUUAUAGCCUUUUUCCUUCUCAGACUUAGGAAUGACCUGGCCCAGGGAGCUGUGCAGGACCGUGUGGGGCUUGUCUACCAGUGCGUGAGUGCCCCCCCCUACACAGGGAUGCUCAAUGCUGUGGCCCUGUUCCCACCUCUACGUGCUAUCAGUGACCAAGAAAGUAAAGACGGCUUGUAUAAGAAAUGGCAAAUGCUUGUGGCUUAUAUAGUCCAUUUCCUGCCCUUCAGUGUCAUCAGUGUGGCCAUUUUCAGCACCUUCAUAUACUGGACUACAGGAUUGUAUCCUGAUGCUUCCAGAUUUGGAAUUUUCUUUGCUGUUGUCCUAGCGUCUCACAUGAUUGGUGAACUACUAACACUUGUUAUGCUUGGCAUGGUUCAAGACCCAAAUGUGGUCCAAAGUGGCAUUGUGCUACUUAAUUCUGCUGGUGUGAUAGUGGGAACGGGAUUAGUAAGGACCAUUGAAGAAAUGCCAACACCUUUGAAACUACUUAGUUUUCUUACAUUUCAAAAAUACAGCAGUGAAGUCCUUGUAGUCAAUGAAUUUUAUGGCUUAAACUUCACAUGUGGUGGAGCCAACAGUUCCACUGCAAAUAAUGCUGCGUGUGUUCUCUCUCAAGGCAUCCGGUUCAUUGAAGAAAACUAUCCCGGGGCAUUGUCCCGCUUCACAGUUGAUUUCCUCAUACUCUAUGCUUUCAUACCAGUACUUGCCAUUAUUGCAAUUCUAAGCUUCAAAUUAAGAGAGAAUUACUGACUGACAAUGAAAAAGCAGCAAUUCCAACAGUCUCUAAUACUGUACUUUUAUCUAUUUAUGGUCGAAGGCUUAUAUUGUUGGAUUUUAGAUAGAAUUUACAUGAUUCCACAUAUAAAAACACAUUCGUCUUCUCAUGUUUGUUUUCACCUUGAAAACCAAUGUUCUCUUAAGAGUGUGACUGACUUCUGAUAUUGGAGUCAUUCACACCCCUCUCUCCUGGUUGAUUUCCAGAUCAGCCAUAAUCAACAGUAUUUCAUGUUUUAAAGAGCUUACUGAUUUAAUUUAGUCAGCUAUUGCUGACAAUUUUAACAAUGUAGCAAUGGUGCUCCAAUUUUUUCCCCAGUAUUUUGUUUUUUAACCACUACUAGUAAGCAGAGGGGACUAACUGCUAGUAAAUCUCAUUUCUAGGAUUGUAUUUUCAGUCUUAUGCCUUGUUUUGAUACCGUUUGAGGAAUCUCAAGAGAGGAAAAACCCCAAAACGUGUAAAGACAGAAUCAAGAACUCACUCCACUUUAAUCUUAUACACACUAUACAACUGAUGAGUACAGGGUCUUGAAGCAGUAUCAAAGUUACCCAAGUUGGUUUUGCCUUGUAAAUGAUAGUAAAUCAGUGAAGACAAGUUAUUUAUAUAAAUUCUUUUUUUUCACUGUCAAGUUAUAAUCUUGUUUUGGAAGCAGUUUAUGAAUUACAAGGGAAAAAUAUGUUUGUUUAAUAAUGUUUUGGUUUUAUUCAAUAAAAUGUCAAUUUAACUAGG